AGAGCUAGCUGACUCUUUGACAAAUCAAAAAUGUGGUUGCAGUCAGACAGCUGAAUAGAAAAAUCGUGUUGUGGAGUUUUUUUUUUUUUUUUUUUUUUUUUCCAGUUCGUUUUUUGUUUUUCUUCUUCUCGCUAUCAGUAAAAGAACCAAGCGAGUGAAACAGAAAACGGACAUGUCGCAACGAGACGCGUCUUGAGUUGAAAAUAACGGAAACAAAGAGAAACAUUUGGUUAGUCAUCUUUGAUUUUUCAAGGGAGCAACAUCAUUGAUACUCGCUCAAGACUAUAACUGCAUUGAACCACGACACCGUGCUUACAACGCCGUUACAAUUUCUGACUGAAAUCCAAAAAUCUUUUACGCACCGUGGUUCAGUCUUUGAAAAUGAACGUACCCCUCAAAAAAUCUUAUUUUUUAUAAUUUUUCAUAAACAGCGGGACAUAUUACUGGCACCGAUUCGUGGAUACAAAUGCUUUUUUUUUUUUUUUAAAUUGGACCAUUUGGAUUUCGUUGUUCAAUGCCCUUUAAAAUAUUUUAUUUUGGGGCGUGUAAUGUCUGCCUGCCUGUCCGCACCCUUCGUUUAACACAGAAUCCUGACUGACUGGACGCCUUUAGAUUAGAAACCCGAGUCUUUGACAAUCAGAUAUGUUUUUAUAUUUGCUUUUUAUAUAUAAAAAAAGGAGUUUCCUUCAAAUUCUCAUUGUGAAGCAGGUUUGAAUUGCUUGGUGAAAAACAGAUCGUCUUGGAACGAGGAUUACAGUAAAGAAAUUAGCCUACGUAUUUCUUUUUAAUUCUGAAGCACAACGACACGAACAAGAAAGCCGACUGAGGUACAGUGAAGUAAACGGUGAAAUUGUACCAUCAUAAGAGGAAUGUAGCGACAGGGUGUGGGGUAUGGAAAUCGUUUGUUUAUGUAGUGGUGGUAUAUACCCGUAAUAUCUGACUGCCAGACACGCCAACACCUCAAAUAACUCUGUGUACUUUACACCUAAUUCUGGAGUGCUUUACUGUGUCAUCUGGCUGUUGGAUGCGAUCAACGUUUUUUGAGGACUGGUAAUCCCUAUACCCCUCCACCAAAACGCAAGCAAUACAUCCAGUAACACCAGCAACAACUACCUGCCUUCAUCAACUCCCUUAAAAUGACUUCGGCCCCCUUACCAGAAUGGAAGGUCCAGCUACUGGAGAGAAAGAGGAAGGAGGAGGAGACGAGCCGUCAACGAGAGAUAGAACAGGAGGAGCGGCUGGCCAACAUGCCAGCCUGGAAGAGGGAGAUAAUCGAGCGACGCAAAGCCAAGCAGGGGGCAUUGUCAGGGGGCAAUGCCAGCGCCGGCGCCUCUGAACCCGAGGUCAACACAACAAACUGUGUCCUUCAUCCCCCGGAAACCUCCCGAAGAAACUUAGAGCAGAAUAAAGCUGAGGAGCACAAGGAGGAAGACUGUGCAGUUUUGAGGGAGACAAUUGCCCCCGUUCACCAGAAUCCCUUUAUCAAACUGCAGAGAAACCAGAAGAGUCAGCCGCUGCUGGAGCAGCCCGGUCCCACAAAGCACGACGAUGUAACCAGCUGCAGGGUCAAACAGAUCGGCGAUAUUUACGGCCACAUUAUUCCCUGUGUCAGGACAAUCCGAGCGGAAAACAUCAUCAUUAUCGAAUCCGAGGACGCUCCCGUUGUCGGCAGACCGCUUCCUGAUCAGGUGUUGAGAUCUCGGGAUGCAGACAGGCUCUGGAGCAGUCGGAACGCGGGGGGGAGUUGCGUGACAGAAAACCACGCCUUUGAGAUCCUGACUGUCAAGCCCCCUCUGAGCCGCAGUGUGGGAGAUCUCAAUACCCUCGUCGAUGGUGAACUCUUACCGGAGGAAGGGGGCAAAGAGCAAGGGAGGGUCAGCCAGCUUUUAAGCAAGUUUGGAGGGCAGGAGUGGAACCCAAGCCAGCCGAUGCGUUCCAGGAGCACUGAAAACAUCCUCAUGGACACUCAGAAACACCAACCACCACACAGCUUUCUUCCAUCUUCUUCAUGGGAAGCGACAAAGGCGGACGGAAAAGGGGAAGAGUCGUCCGCUAACCCUCCUGGUGGUUCUAAGACCUUGCCCCAGGUUGCUGCCUUAGACAGAGCUCCACAUCGCACAGUGGUGACUGGUUAUCGGAGUCAGUUUGAAACCACAUCAUGUGACACAAAGAGACAUGAGCCCCCUGGGAGAUCUCUAAGCUACCCCAGCAGCAGCAGCAGCAGCAGCAGCACCAGCAGCAGCAGCAGCAGUAACUCCAGUAGCUCUAUUAACAGCCAGCACAAGCACAGUGAGUUGCAUGUACAAUCCCAGAAUGAAGUCAGUAAAGUAAGAACCACUGUAAUUCCCAGGCAAUACCCUCCCAUUGAUGAUGUGGUCAUCCCAGCGGAGGAAUUAAAUCCCAUUCCCAACACUGUUCUAAGGCAAGGUGCCAGUGACGAGGUUUCAGAGCCCAUCUUGCCUAAUCUUUCUGUCCUUGGAGGCUGCGCAGCUUCAGAGCAAGCGAGUGACUGGGGGGCUUUCCAAAUCAAGCCUGCUCCCAGCCCGGAUUUCUCCCAAAUCCCAGAAGGUGAUGUCCAAGCUCUGGCCCUAGCGAACCUACGAGUGCAAUCCCGUAACUCUUUUGUGGUGAUCCCCAAACGACCUCCAGAAAAAGAAGAAGAAGAAGAAGAAGAAGAAGAAGAAGAAGAAAUCCAAAGAGACUUCCAUCAAAAACUAAGCCAGCGCCUAAAGCAGAUUCCCCAUUCAGAGGACACCCACCAGCCUGUCUCCUCCUCCUCCCCCCAGCCCCCAUGCCCCCCUCCUUCCUCUGCCUGCCACGCUUUUGACUCCAUGCCACAACAAAAGCAAGAGGCAGGGAAAGAAGGGGCGGAGGCUGCUGUGGAGACUGCUGCCGUGGCGACCGCCUACUCUUUCAUACAGGAAAUGGGCGUCCCUCAUCAGCUGCCGAGCUCGUCGGUUUCCUUCCCCUACCUUCCUUCAGAACCGCUGCAAGCUUUAUCUGAGGCGAGCCCUGCUGCUUCUCCUACAGCGGUUUGGGCUGAUAAUGUGGAAGAGGCCGGUAAGAGAGAGAGACGUCCUCCUGCAGCCGCUGCUCCCCAGCCCCGCGAUGACACAACUUCUUCCGCAAAGGAUCCAAACACCCUUUUAGGAUCACAAGGGACAACUGACAGCAACAUGAGUCGCAUUUAUAAUCUGAAGCCGGUGGUCGCUCGGACUAAAAACCCUCUCCCAGGAGCUGCCUCUGUUCCGGAUCCUACAGCUGGUUUCCAACAAGAAAGCAGCCGCUCUCCUUCCACUGUCAGACCCACCGCUUCUGCUGGUGCUGCUCUGCCUUCAGGGGCGUCUCUCUGCGGCCGGCCAGAAGGGGCACAGGGGCACUCCUUACAGCUCAGUUCUCAAGGACCAAAGGAAUGUGCACCCUUCAGGAAUUUAGGCAGGGGGCACACAAGGACCGGGGCCACUACAUUCUCACCUAAAGUGGCUGUAACAACCCCAGAGCCUGCGAUCAAACUGUCUACCGCCCCCGCGAUGCAGAGAAGGGGCAAUACCAUUACUAUUAAUCCAAGGAAAAUGGCAGGCAGUGCCAACAGUGCUGGAGUUGGUAAAACAGCACCCCCUACUGUCGGGGCAGCAGCUGUGGAGAACGGGGGUGUUGCAGAAGGGGUGGAAAGUAAGAAGCGGUACCCCACAGCGGAGGAGAUACAAGUCAUUGGAGGCUAUUUGUCAUUAGACAGGUCCUGUCUGACGAAAGGUGACACGGAUCGGAAAAAGCUGCGGAUCUCGUUCAGCGACACCCAGCUGGAGACCACGUUCGAGUACCCGUCGGAGAGCUCUCUGCUGGCUGAGCUGGGACUGGACGACGAGCCCGAGGCCCCGCCCCCCGGCCCGCCCUCGGCCGAGGAAGAAGAGGAGGAGGAGACGGUCAUGUUCACCCACAGGGUCAUUCCGGGGUCACCCACUGGUCGGGUUAAGCCACUCCUUGUCGAUGAAUCCUGUCGACGAUAAGAACAACUGGGAUCCUCUUUAUUUCUUAGAACAAAUUUUAUCAGCUUUGCUUUUUAUAUAAAGAAUAAUGGGAUUUGUUCAUGAAAGUGAUCCUUGUACAUUUUUGUACUAUUUGGUUUUCCCACCUGCUUGUGUGUGGCCUGUCUGCUUCUCUGUUGCUUUUCUCCUCAGAUCAUUGGUCCAGGCUUACUAACUAUUGCAGCAGAAACUGCUUCUGAAAAGGUUAAUGAAGGCUGUCCGUGGGGAAUAAAGCAAAGCAAAUAAUGAUCUCAGUUAAACAACAAUAGAAGCUGGUGCAGAACACACACAAUAGGAUAUUAAACAAGAAAUCUAAUACUAAGGAAAUGGAGAUGGUAUAAUGCACCCCUUUAAUGGCAAAUAAAAGGACUAGAAAAGGACUAUUUUACCUUCUAUGGAACUAUGAUCCUGAUCAACCUUUGACCUCCAGCCAGUUGGCUAUCCCACAACCCUCCAUAAGUUGAAUCAUGGAUAAAAUUUCGGGGAACAACCACUGUACUUGCAGGACGAUGAAAAAAUGAGCGCUCCAUCUAGUGGAUUUGUGCCGCUACUACACCUGCAGCUUACUAAAAUAUUAGCAUCACCUGAAAUUUUAGACAGACAUCGUUUAUAUAAUUCUAUACUGUGCUGCAAAACAUUUGGUCAUAGCUAUGCUGUAUGAUUCUUAUAACUGAACUUGGAACAAAGCUUUUAAAGUCUAAAAAUAACUGAAUACAUCCAAAACAUAGGUGAUAGUUUGUCUGAAUUCUUCAGUGGUAUGUUCAGGGAUAGGAAGAUAUUUAAAUGGAAAGCUAAUAGGUGUGUGAGUUUGAGCGAGUGAAAAAGAAGAGUCAAAUUAACCUCCCAAAAUCAUCCCUUUUAAUAAAUGUAUCUUUUGACACACUGUAUAAACACAAAUAUAUUUUGCACUUAUGUAGAUAUAAUUGUUUGUUAGUAGCUUUUUUUUUUAAUACAAAAUCUACCCAUUUGGAAACAAAAUGUAUUUUAAUUAUAUCUUUGGGAAAACAUAUGAUUAAUUUCAAAACUUUUUUUUUCCCUUCAUACUAUAAUAUAUUUAGAUAUUGCUUGGCGGCUGAGCGGCUAUCUGGUCAGAUUUUGUGUUUCAUACUCGAUGUAGCCAAACUGGCUGCAAAGGAAGUGCGUAUAGAGAAGAAACCGACAGGGGAGUCGCUACCAUUGUGCCUGCUUUUCUUUCAUGUAGGUAAAGCACGCAUAUGACGUUUUCUUUAAGCUUUAUUAUUUUCACCAAAAGCAGAGGACUUUAUUAAAUUGAACAAUAAGAGUGUGAAGUCGCGGGCAGCUGGAUCCUGUAACGCCAGGCAAUAGAAACGAGGCAUUCAUCUCUAAGGUGCAGUUUUGAAAGAAACACCUAUUUUACAAAGCAUGUUUUUUUUUUCAUUUUAAAACACGAUAGCUGGUACUACGCUAGGGUAAAAGAUAGCUCUGUUUGCAAGACGUGCUUUCAGACAGCGUUGCACUUCCUUGGUCAUUUGUUCUAACUGAGAAAUUGUGCCGCCACUUCAACGCUUUCUUUUCUGUCACUAACAAAAGUGCAAGAGUUGUCUUGAUUGAAGUGUAAUUUACUGCAUAAUAAGCUCCAUAUUAUUUAGCCCCCCUGUGCUUGACCCAUAUAUACUUAAUACAGAGAUAAAUGAUUGAAAAUAUAUGAUCUGUCUGUGUGGGUAUAAAGUUCACAGAAUGUUUUUAUACAAAGGCGAGCGGGUAGCCAAAUGCAUUUGCCAGCUUGUUGCUGAAUUCCAGUAUGACACACACUGCACCGCGAAGGGGACUAUACCUGAAAGGGAUCAUGUCUUUUUUACAUUUUCUUAAAGAAAAAGCAGUUUUGCAUUUUCACUGUCCCUUUAUCGUUCUGUGGUGCCUGCUAUCCUCCUGCGUGGUCUUGUUCCUCUUGCUCAAACUGUGACAAUGCUGUCAUCUGAGGCUUUGGUUCUUGUUGCCUGCCAUAGAUAUGUGUAACACAGGCUAGAUCAGCUUAAGCGUCUUUACAGAAGAGCUGGCGCCAUCCACUUUCGAUCAAGUUGCCUUUUGUUUUGCUGGCAAUGCACAGAAGUUUAUUUACUUAUUAUGUCAUCUGCUUACUAACAAAAAAUAAGCUUCUGAAAAGACUCCCCAAGGGCUAUCGUGCCCGGGGGGGGGGCAAUCCACAAAGUUUCACCAAAGUGCCUAAAGCCUAAUAUGCUUCCCAGCCACACUUCAGAGAGAGAGAGAGAAAAAAACGCUUUGAGGAGUCUUUUCAGAAGCAAACUUCGCUUUAAAGUUAGUAAGCUUGGCCAAAAAAAGAUUAAGUAAAAAUAUGCCAUCUCCUGGUUCAAGUUGGUAUUGCGUCUGAGCUAUUAGUGUUACCACUAACACGGUGUUACUGAUGCUAAAGUAUUAGGGAGUUUUUGUUUUUUAGUACUCGAUCAUUCCAAUGCAGAACUUUGUUUCUUAGUUAUGGAAUAUGCAUUUAUUUUUUAAAUAAUGGACAUAUAAAAUAGAAUGCAGUAUUACACAUACUUUUAAAAGCAAAAAAAAAAAAUGUGUUUAUAGUAUUUUGUAAACAAGUUUAUUAAUUGGUUCAGAUAAUAUGUUAUUGUUGUGUUAUUACUGUUGUUUUGCUUUUUUUUUAUGACUGAUAUACAGAAUAUUGAAGCAAGCCUAGUCAUACAGACCAAUGCUGACAUUUAAGUAAUGAAUGCUAAUAAAAGGUUUUGAUUAAAUGGU